AUGUCACAGUCGCAACUCGAUCCUCUUCCCAGGGACUUGCCCUUCCGUAUCGUCUCAAAGACGGUUGGGCGAGGGGCCUACGCUUCAAUAAAGAAGGCCAUCCCUUUGGAUGAACCAAGCCCUGUAUUUGCAGUCAAACUUAUUCACAAAGGCUAUGCCUUGAAACAGGGGCGUGUCUCACUCAAGCAGUUGGCCAUGGAGGUGUCUCUCCAUUCACACAUUGGCCAACAUCCCAAUAUCAUCGAAUGGUUCGCCUCGGGAGAGGACAAUGUGUGGCGUUGGAUUGCCAUGGAGUACGCCGAGGGUGGUGACUUGUUUGACAAGAUCGAAGCAGACGUGGGGGUGAGGGAGGACAUUGCCCAGCUGUACUUCGCCCAACUGGUUGGAGGCGUCAGCUUCAUGCAUUCCAAGGGUGUGGCGCAUCGUGAUCUGAAGCCGGAGAACAUCCUGCUCUCCUCCGACGGGAGCUUGAAACUGGCAGACUUUGGCAUGGCCACCAUGUUUGAAUACAAAGGCCAGAGGAAAACAAGCUCCACGCUCUGUGGAAGUCCUCCGUACAUCGCCCCGGAAAUUUUGUUGUGCGGAAAAGUGGACAAGAAGUCUGCCGGCGGAGACAAGUACUCUUCCGACUUGGUGGACAUAUGGUCCUGCGGUGUAAUCCUCUUCGUUCUCCUCGUUGGAAACACCCCAUGGGAUGAGCCCACCCCAAGUAGCUGGGAGUUUCAGGAAUACGUACGUACAUCAGGGAAGAGCAGCGAUGCCCUAUGGGAGAAGAUUCCGUCAGAGGCCCUCUCCUUGCUGCGCGGCAUGAUGAACGUUUCUCCCAAGAAGCGCUUCAACUUUCAGCAAAUCCGGCAGCACCCCUGGUAUACACGACACAACCCUCUUCUCACCACUGAUGGGAAGAUCUCCGAUCCUAUUAACCUUGCUACUCAGAUGCUCGAGAACCUACACAUAGACUUCAGCCAGCCAGCAAGCGCCUCACAGAGGGAAGCCGGCGCUGAUAGCAUGGACGUUGAUACUGGACUAAACGCUGGUCGAUUCGCAUCCACCCAGCCUGAGGCACCCAUGGUGGAUGAGGACUGGGACUGGGAACGUCCUGUAUUGCGGUCUAUGGCUGCACCUGCCUCCUCCAUGCCAGCAAGGGCUCGGGAGGCCGGGCGUGCUAUUCUAAAUAGUCUGGCUGAUGAGCCUUCCAUGUCACAGUUCUCCCAAACUCCUGGUCCUUCAUUCAGCCUCACACAGCAAGCCCGGCGUUUUGCUGAUAUCUGCCCUCGAGAAUCCCUGACAAGAUUCUUCUCACACGUUCCUCCCGCACACAUUGUUCAGAUGCUAAGCGAUGCCCUGCAUCAACUCAACGUGCCACUAGGAACCGUCACACCGAACCUGUAUGCCAACAAUGUUGCCAACAUCAAAGUCAAGGCUGUUGAUGGCCGUCGGCAAUACCUAUACGGCGAGAUCCAGGUCCAUAAGCAUGGGCUGGCUGAUGGUGAGGUGCUCGAUGUAAGCUUCGUCAAGGUCAAAGGUGAUCCAUUGGAAUGGCGACGGUUCUUCAAAAAGGUGGUGGUUCUGUGUAAAGAUGGUGUUUAUGUCCCUGAGGCUUAG